GUCUUUUCACGCGUAGAGAAUUGAUCCUCUGGAAGAGUUUUAAUCCAAGAAAAAAUGAUCUUCUAGAAGAGUUGAAAACUUUUCAGUAUGCACAACAAAGGAGAAGGUCUUCCUUCAUAUAGCCUGGUGUUCCAUUCCAACCUCCAACGCGGCUGACGGCUGACGGACGACCCAACCUGCCAAUCCAGGCCAGCGCACGCCAACCGGCUGACGGCGGCGACCAUGGCGACCAAGGCCUCCGCGGCCGCCGGCGAGCCUGCCAUCGGCGUCCCGUACCACCCGGCGGAGGUCCAGGGGCACUACUACUACGCGCCGCCGAACCCCUACGCGGCGGGGAUGCCGCCGCCCAAUGCGAUCUACGCCGGUGCGCCCAAGGGAGUGCCCCUGCAGCAGACCAUGUUCCGCGACACGCCCGCGCCCUUCCACUGCCAGGCCUGCGGCGCCGCCGCCGUCUCCACCGUCCGGUCAAAGCCAAGCCUUGCAUCUGUUGUGGCUUGCAUGAUGCCCUUCAUGAUGGGGGUCUGCUUCCUGUGCCCUUCAAUGGAUUGCCUCUGGCACAAAUACCAUUACUGCCCCAGCUGCGGGGAAAAGGUGGCCGAGUUCAAGAAGUCCGACCCGUGCCUUGUUGUGGAUCUGACCCGCUGGUCCGAGCCGAGCUUCGCUGUACCUGCGUAGCGCACAUAGCACUUGAUAUCAUACCAUCACUUCAAAUGAGAGAAUGCAUUGUUGUCUGUACAUAAGAAAGGCCACCUGCUUGUUGCAUGCUGUAUACAUCCUGUGCCUGAACUGUUUUUGCUCUCUAUGUUGGAACUGGCUGUUUCGUUCCUUUUGGGUCAAAAUAAAUGUGUAGAUCUUACAAGUGCUUGAGAUUUGAUUUGAAGUUUAUCGACAAGGAAAAUAGGAUGGUCAUGAAAUUGCACGAUUAUCAUUAUAGUAGUCACUUUAUGGGCCAUAGUUUUGUCAAUUUUUGUGUUGCA